CUAUGACGUACCCACCGGCAUUCAAGCGGCUUACAAGUUUGGUAGCGCGGUAUAGUGGUUCUGGUUGACGUGUUGCCUUAAAGUGGGGGGAAAAAAAUACUAUUUAACGAUAAAUCGCUAUUGGUUAGUCAGCGUUUCGGAUUGAAACAAAAUCAUGGGUAAAAAUUACUACAGUAUCCUUGGUAUCAGCCCUGAAGCAAGUGACGAUGAAAUUAAGAAAGCUUACAAAAAAAUGGCCUUGAAGUUUCACCCGGAUAAAAACAAAGAGCCUAAUGCCGAGGAGAAAUUUAAAGAGGUGGCCGAAGCUUACGAAGUACUCAGUGAUCCCAAGAAAAGAUCUGUUUACGAUCAGUAUGGGGAAGAAGGUCUGAAGGCUGGAGGAGCCUCUACUGGUGGCCCUGGUAAUACGUUCCACUACACUUUUCAUGGUGAUCCCCAUGCUACUUUUGCAUCCUUUUUUGGUGGUUCCAGUCCUUUUGAUAUUUUCUUUGGCACUCCAGGACGCUCCAGAAUGAGUGCUGACUUUAGUCAUGAUGACAUGGACAUUGAUGAUGAUGACCAUGAUCCCUUCAAUGCAUUUAACCAUUUUGGUUUCAAUGGAAUGAAUGGAUUUCACCGGCGGCAUCCAGGUUCCCUUCAUACUCGGAGAAAGAUACAGGAUCCCCCAGUCAUUCAUGAACUUAGAGUAUCCCUUGAAGAAAUCUACCAUGGUUGCACUAAAAGAAUGAAGAUCACCCGUAGACGGUUGAAUCCAGAUGGCCGAACCACAAGGACCGAAGACAAGAUUUUGAACGUUGUUAUUAAAAAAGGUUGGAAAGAGGGCACAAAAAUCACAUUCCCCAGGGAAGGUGAUGAAACAGCAACCAACAUCCCAGCUGAUAUUGUCUUUAUUCUGAAAGAUAAACCUCAUCUUCAUUUCAAGAGAGAUGGAUCCAAUGUAGUUUAUGUCGUGAAAGUCACUCUUAGGGAAGCCUUGUGUGGCUGUACAGUUAAUAUUCCCACAAUUGAUGGCAGAGUGAUUCCCCUACCUUGCAAUGAUGUUAUCAAGCCUGGGACUGUGAAGAGGCUGAGAGGAGAGGGUUUACCGUUUCCUAAGACACCUACUCAACGCGGUGACUAUAUAGCAGAGUUUCAGAUAAAAUUUCCUGAUAAAAUGUCUCAAACAACAAAAGAAAUCCUGAAGCAACAUCUUCCAAUUUCUUAGAACUCAGAUCAAAACAAUAUUUAAUACUGUGCCAGAAAUUUGAAGAGAACAAAAGGAUCAUCCAUUUUCUAAUAUAAUGUAAUCCAUUUUAAAGCAAAUUAUUUUAAGUCCGAGCAUUUCAGUUCUUUUAUAUGCUGAGCCUUGUAAUGAUAACAAUGGUAAGUGUGGGGGGAAAAAAAACUGUUGAAUCUGUUUUAGUAGAAUAAUAAUCUUGAUGCGUACUGAAAUUCACUGCUGUCAUCGUGGGCAUGCAGGUGCAGAUGUGGUAAACUUAUUUAAAAUAUGUUUGUAUUAGAAAAGGUAUGGUGCAGUGCUACGUCUUUAAGGCUGGGUUUGUCAAUAUAGAGUAAUUAUGUAGAAACUGAAGUACCUGCAUAAUAAACUAGAGGUGGAAAUUUGAAAGUUGAGCUUUAAAUAUUAUUCUUCCAGAAAAAAAGCUGGAUAAUUUUUAAGCUAUAAUAACUCUGGGGCAAUAGUUUUGAAGCAAAAGUUAUCACCGUGCCAUAAAAUGGUAGGAGUUUGUCGGAACCAUGGAAUAGCUGUAUGGGUUGACAAAAGUCCACUGAAUCAAACGUUUCAAGUUUUGUAAAGUUAUAAAAACUUGCAGCAGUAUUGAUUUUUAUAUUUUUUAACUUGUUCCAGAAGGGGUUAACUUAAGGGGUUAAGUUACCAAUCAGAAUUCGACUUGGAUCUAUACAAUGAAAAUAGUGAAGGCAGAACCAACCCUUCUAUGUAGAGGAAGUAUUGGUUCAAGUAACCUUGCUUUUAAGGAGCAAUGUAUAUUUGGCAAACCAUUGAUAUUGGAGAAAAUAAAGUAGUUUUUAAGAUUUAACUUCAUUGGUUAUGGCAGUAAUAAACUACAUGCAGUAUUCAAGAUUUUACAUACUAAAAACAAGCCAUCAUCUGCAAGCAACAGAACAAUUAGCUUUGGAGGCUGACAAUUUCUCAAUUUAGAAGUGAACCAAGUUUCAUAAUGCUGAAAAUAUUUAUGUUGGGAGAUUUUAUUAAAACUGUUAUAUACUUGACUUACCCUGUAAUUGCAAAAGAAUUCCAUUUAAUAUUUCUCAUGUCAAAUGUUCAAUGCUGCAUUUUCUUCUGUAUGAGUUUCUUUGUAUAAUGUCAUGUUUAAAUUUUCUACUUUCUGCUAAUGUUCUCUGCAGUCCUAAUACCUGAGUAAUUUUUAUUUUUCAUCUCCCUGGUUUUGUUCAUUGUUUGAAUUAUCACAUUUUAAUUCAUCCAGUUUUCCCAACACCACCACAAAUUUAAUGAUGAAAUUAAAUUUCAUAUUCACUUUCUGGUUACAGACAAUCAUCAUUUUUAUACCAGCAUUUUUGUAGUAUUGUUGUACCACUCUUUUCCUGCACAGCCUAGCGAAACAAUUUAUUCAUAUUUGGCUCUCAGAAGGCUGAAACACUCUCCUAUUCUAGUUCGCAUCACUUUUUUAAAUAGGGCAUUGUACUUUGUUUGUUUAUGCUAAUCUGAUGGCUGAAGUUGAAGCAGACAAGAUCUGGAAAGCAGUUUCACAAUCUUACACAAAACUAUAUAAGCAUGGGAGAGCUAAGGAAGGGGUUUGGUUUUGGUGGUCUCUUUUGGACCUCUUCAACUAAUAUUGAAAAAAUGCUGUGGGGAAGAGAUUGUGUUUGCACUGUAACUCUAGGGUUGCAUGUUCUUGCUGAGUAUAUCGGCUGCUAUGAAACUUUGCAUUAAAUAGAACAACUGUUACUGUAUAUAAUCUGGUAAAUAUAUCUGUUCAAGGGAUUGCACAAAUUUUCCAGUUUCAUCAAAAUAUAACAUUUUUAAGCAACAGUUUUGUUUACUAUUUCCCUAAUGUCCUUUUAAUCCCAUUUGGUUAAACUACAUUUACUAACUAGGGGAAAGUGCAAACUGCUUUGACUGAAAGGUUUGCAAUGCUUCCUCCCUUUUUUUCAGCAUACAAAAUAUAAACAGUUGUUCAAAUGUAAAACAUGACAAUGAAUGUCUCUUAAGUAUUCAUUUUUUUAAAAGAAAUGAAGCCCAGAUACCUAUAAAGAACAUGGGAUCCUUUUUACUAAUGCUGGAUAAGUUUUCUGAAUCUGCCUUUCUCCUUUUUUAAUUUGCAAAAUUUGAGAAAUCGAGCUGCCCCUAGUUUUUGGUUACAAAAUUCCUUUGUGUUGUACAAAUAGGAAAAGAAUGAAAGCAGUACAGGUACUGAUGGAAAAAGUAUGUGAAAUUCUCUUCCUGCAUCUUUUUUUUUAAAUUCUAAAAAGACUUUCAAAAGAAGGAAAAUCCACAGAGCUACAUUUUCGAACCUGUAACUUGUUAACUGUUUCAAUACUUCCAUCUGUAUUUUAAUUCUGAAAGAAUAAAUUGCAUU